CCCUCACCCCUCUUCUGCAAGCUUUUAAAUACAUAGAAAGACAAGAGUAGAGGACAUGGCUUGCUUCAGAUCCGGCCAUCGUCGCAAAAAUAUCUCCUCUACCAGCAAUAACAACUACCCUGACAUGGCCUAUUCAUCAAAACAAAAGAACCCAGAAACAAGAAAACGCAAAGAAGAAGUGUUGUUGCAGAUCCCAAGAUGCACAGUUCAUCUCAUGGAAGAAGGUGACACAGCUGAACUCACAAAUGGAUAUUUCACACUAGUCAGGCUUACUGAAGAUAAUUUUGGCCUUGCCACUAUUGUCAGAGUUGGUGAUGACCUUCAAUGGCCACUCACUAAAGAUGAGCCAGUGGUGAAGCUUGACUCUCUCCACUAUCUUUUCUCAUUGCCUGUUAAAGAUGGUGAUCCUCUGAGCUAUGGUGUCUCUUUCUCUGAACAAUCAAGGAAUGAACUGGGUGCACUGGAUUCAUUUCUGAAGGAGCAUUCAUGCUUUUCUAGCAGUCCCUCUUCCACUAAAAAUGGACUCCUUGAUUGGAGGGAUUUUGCUCCAAAGGUUGAUGACUACAAUAAUGUCUUAGCAAAGGCAAUUGUUGAAAGCACAGGCCAAAUCGUCAAGGGAAUUUUCGGAUGUACCAAUGCUUACACCAAGAAGGUUCAACAGGGAGGAGAGAUGAUUCUAAGUCAGGUUGGAGAGAAGAACAGCAUUCCUGCAACGGGAAACAAAAGCAACAUAAGUGCUGGCAAGACCAAAAAUGGUGGAAUAGAGAAAAGCCUAAAACGGGCAAGGAAGAUAUCAAAGAUGACUGAGAAGAUGAGUAAAUCUCUACUAGAUGGAAUCACGGUUGCCACUGGAUCCGUGGUGGAACCUUUGGCUCGGACCCAGGCUGGAAAGGCAUUCUUGGGCAUGGUUCCUGGAGAGGUCCUCUUGGCUUCACUUGAUGCCGUCAAUCAGGUUUUGGACGCAGUCGAAAUAGCUGAAAGACAAGCACUCUCUGCCACAUCUGUUGCAGCAACUAGAAUGGUCACCCAGAGGUUUGGAGAGAGUGCAGGGGAGGUGACGGAAGAUGCCUUUGCAACUGCAGGGCACUGUGCUGGUACUGCUUGGAAUGUCUUAAAGAUCCGAAAGGCUGUCACUCCAGGCUCUUCUGUCCCUUCAGCAAUACUGAGAAAUGCAGUGAAAAAUAGAAUAAAGUGAAAUCCACUCUACUCAACCUGAACAAACUAUCCGACACUGAUUGAACAUCUAAAAUUACCAAGCAAAGGAAUGGAUAUUAACUAUGAAUACUGCCCCAGCCAUAGAAUUUCAUCUGUUUAAAUAUCUUAUUUGGCUCCUGAUAAAUUGAUAGUAGAGGUUGAUGUGUUUUUAAA